AUGUCCGAAGAUUUUCGGGGUGGGAUUAUCAAGAACCAAGACCUCAAGGACCAACGCAGUGAUAAGGUUAUAUUAGUAACUGCUGAAACUGUUAAAGCUCUUUUUAAAACUAGCACAAUACUCUACCUCACAGCCCGAGAUAUCACUAAAGUAAAAUCUCUUGAUCUUAAUUCAUUAACUUCUAUCCAGCAGUACAAUACAGAGUUUAUAAGUAAAAGCAUCAAGCUAAACAUCCUGAUCAAGAAUGCUGGAGCUAUAGCUCAUCCAAAAAAAACCUGUUAUGGUCGCCUCAGCCACACCAUCGUUCACUCCCGUGUUAUCAUCCUUAGCUCCAGCGCGCACAUAGGCGACAAGACAGCCAACAUCUGGACAGCAAAUGAGAUUAAUUGCUGCUUUGGUAGCAAGGAACUACACGCCUUUAGUAUUCAUCCCGGCGCUAUUGCGACUGAUUUGCUCAAGUAUGUCCCAGAUAAUCAGAAGUCAAGCUGGGAUGAGAACAAGUAUCUUAAGCAUUACUGGAAGAACACAGCCCAAGGGGCAGCCACAACAGGGAAGGGGGGUAAGUAUCCGGAUGACUGUCAGAUCGCUGGACUACAUGACCCUGCCAGAUCAGGAGGGCAAGGACCUGGCUAUGGGUCAAAGCUUUGA